UCUCCUCUGUCCCUCCCCGCACUUUUUUCGUUUUCAGAAUCCCUGUUUGUCUCUCUCUCUUGAAUCCUUAAAUUCUCUCUCAAAAUCUCGUUUCUCCCUUUCUUUCUUUCAUCUGCUGAUGUAAUUUCAAGUUAGAACGGCUCCCUUCAGUCCAGUGUUUCUCAUAUUUGAAUUAUAUUUUCUUUUUUCAUUGGUAGUUCUUCUUCCCUUUGGUGUUUUUUUUAAUCUGGGUUUUGAUUCUUUUAUGGCGGGAACGCCUCGGCUAGCUGGAAGUAACCGAUUUUCCUAUCUCUGACACUUGUCACAAUUCUGGGUUUGCGUUUUUGUUAUUUGAUUCCCAUUCUAAUUCAUGUAAAGCCUAAAUAAUUAAGGGUUUGAGAAUCGGGGAUUGUUUUUUUAAAGUUAAAUACGAUGGCGAACGCACCGGGGAACCAUCAACAAGGAGUGAAUCACUCGUUGCCUUCUUUCAAUGAAGCACACUUGCACAGCGGGAAUCCGGUCGUGGGUUCGAGUUUGCUUCAUAACCCGUGUAUUUCGUUGGAGUGGAGCUCAGAAGAGCAAGCUGUACUCGAGGAAGGGUUAAGAGUAUUUGCUUUAGAUCCAAGCACAGUUCGUUACGCGAAGAUAGCUAUGCAUUUACCACAUAAGACAGUGCGGGAUGUGGCUUUGCGUUGCAGAUGGAUGACUAAAAAGAGAAGUGACAAGAGGAGGAAGGAAGAGGUGAACUUAACCAGGAAAGGUAAAGCAAAAAAGGAAAGAGUUGUUGGCUCUUCAGCAGAUCCUACUCAUUUUGCUGGUCAAUCCAGCGUUUCCCAAAAUCCAACCCCAAUGGCUCCUAAGGACUAUAAUGAUUGUAUUCCAUUUGAAGCCAUCGGCAGGGUGGCAAGUGAACUUCUGCAGCAGAACGCUCAAGCCCUGAAUCAAAUGUCUGCAAAUCUUGCAUCUUAUGAGUUGGAGGAAAAUAUUGUUCUCCUCUCCCAAACUCGUGACAACAUUCUCAAACUCUUGAAUCUGAUGAACGAAGACGUGCCCGAUAUCAUGAAGCAGAUGCCACAACUCCCGGUGAAAAUGAACCUCGAGCUUGCCAACACCAUCUUUCCUCCACCACCUCCUAUGCCGUGAUCGUCCUCCCAGCUUAUCAAUUUAGUUCUCCCUUAGACUCAGUGCGGUGCGCGUCUCUGAUGAACGGGAAAACAAUUGCCCGUCGACGAGUCGGUCUCACCUUUAGCGUUUAAGAAAUUAGAAGUCUCAGUGUAGUGUUUUUCUUUAUUUUACUUUUGAACUCUACAGUUUGUUUCUUAGUUUAUGCACAGAUGAUUUAGGGGUCGUAUA